ACCUCUGAUAUUUUCGAAAACUUCGUCGAUCAAUCCUUCAGCAACUAACCAACAUGCCUCCAAAGAAAGCAGCACGCCCAGCGCAAGAGAACAUCAACCUUGGCCCUAGUGUCAGGGAAGGUAAGCAAAAUUUGAAUUCCUGGAGAAAAUUGAUACAAAUGGCUAACCCCGCGGCUCAGGUGAACUCGUUUUCGGUGUCGCCCGUAUUUUCGCAUCUUUCAACGAUACCUUCGUCCAUGUCACUGAUCUUUCGUAUGUACUCCCCCGAAAAAAUCUACAAUAGGAAAUUUAGUGUUUUGAAAUAUAAAUUGUGCCAAUUUGGAAUAAAGAGGUUCAUAGGCUGACUUUCUGGGUGAUUCCAGUGGCCGCGAAACCAUCUGCCGUGUUACCGGUGGAAUGAAGGUCAAGGCCGAUCGUGACGAGUCUUCCCCAUACGCUGCUAUGUUGGCUGCUCAAGAUGUUGCUGCCCGUUGCAAGGAAUUGGGCAUCACUGCUCUCCACAUCAAGAUCCGUGCUACCGGAGGUAAGAACACAAUCAAGGACUCUAGAAUUACCGAGAACAAUACUGACGUCCAUUUCCUACAGGUAACGGAACCAAGACCCCAGGUCCAGGUGCUCAAUCCGCUCUCCGUGCUCUUGCCCGUACCGGCAUGAAGAUUGGACGUAUUGAGGAUGUUACCCCAACCCCAUCCGACAGCACCCGUCGCAAGGGAGGUCGCCGUGGUCGUCGUUUGUAGAUGUGCCAAUUCUGGUUACAAGCAUGGAGCAGAAUAUGGGUUUUAUUGUGCAAGUGAUGACAACUACGCGGAGAACGGCAUUUAUUGCCUGGUCUCUAUAUCUCAAAUCUGGGCUUGGGUCGACCUUGUCUCAUUUGUCACGUAAGCGCUUUAGCGAAGUGCAGCCAUGAAUAUCACAAUUUCUGCAA